AUGUUUUGUAUCUUAAAGCGAGUAGAAGUAGUUGUAGUUCUUAUAGCUGGGAUAUUUGGCAUGUGGUCCUCUGUAGAUGGAAAACAAACAACCAAUAAAGUCACCUCGUUUCCUAUUCAGGAUUUUGAGAUUCAGGAAAUAAAAAAAGCUUUUAGUGAAAGGAUCGCGAAAGCUCAAGAAGCCAGUUCCGAUGGGGAUUUCCUAAGAUCUCACAUUGAUCUGAUUAAAUCAGAAGUAGAACAUCCGAGAUGCAGUUCGUUUCUGGUCAUUGAUGUUGGGGGGACACAUUUGAAGAUAGGUGAGAUUCUAAUUGAUUUUAGUUUUAGAAAGUGUGGAGUAAACCCCUUAUGUUUCGACGGUGUUAUAGAAUGUAGCCCAUCUUUCUACAAGUAUCCUGAUACCUCCAAGAUUCCGAAUGAAAACAGAAUAACUUGGAAUGAAUGGGUUGCCGAGAAGAUUGCUGAAUUCUAUGGUCAAGAACCUCCCAAAAGCGGUAUUGAUGGAUGCCUGACACUCUCAUAUCCUCUUCUGCAGACAUCCAUUAACCAUGCAACAAUAGAGAGAGUAACAAAGAAUUUCUGCUUUAAAGUAGAUGAAAGUACGUUCGGAGUGAAUGUGGUUGAAGCUCUCAAUUCCUCCUUGAGAGACAGAAAUGUCAAUGUACAUGUUAAUUGCGUUGUGAACGACUCCACAGCAACAUAUAUGGCAGGAGUGCUUCGAGGGUAUAAUAACAUAAUCGGAAUUGUCCUGGGAACAGGAACGAAUUCUUCUUUCUGUGUGAAGAAGAAAGGGAGCGAAGAAAUGGUAUUAUACAAUUCUGAGUGGGGAUCCACAAAUGUACCAAGAAGUAUUCUAACAGAAGCAGACCUUGCCGUCAUCACUGACCUUGAAACGAGAAAUAUUUCCUAUAACAUAAUUGAUGUCUUGGCAGGAGGUUGCAAGCUUAAUGACAUAAUUUUCAACAGACUUAAGAAUCUACACCCAGAAGUGUAUGAGAAAUAUGCAGGGGAGGAAGAAGUCUUACGUUCGAUGAUCCAUUCUGCCAUUACUGAACCAAGUAAGAGCAUCUUUGGAGAAGACAUCCAACUUCACAGGAUAUUGAUUUCCAUGAUCAAUCACUUCAAUACCAGAGGAAUAAAGAUACUAGGGGCCCUUUCAAGUGCCAUAAUCGAUUCCUGUAUGAAAGACGUGCAGGAGGUCACUUUGAUUUUAAAUGGAAUGGCCUUUUCAAACAGAAAGCUUAGAGAGGCUCUCGAAGUUGAAAUGAAAAAUGCUCAUCCAAAUAUUGAUGUUAAUCUUGUAUUCUUUGGAAAUGCCUCUCUGGAGGGCUCUGCUUUUGUAUCUUCCAUGUAUUCAAAUGAUACCAACGAGCUGUAG